CUUCUUUCAACUCUAGAAAAAGAAGAGGGCGGCCACUGCUCGCCGGCAGCAUCUCAAGAGUGUGAUGCUCCAGGUUGCUGCUACUGAACUUGAAAAAGAGCACGUAGCUAAAGAACAAGAAAAAGUCGAUUACCUGGCAGAGCACUGUCCACCUCUGCAACUCCCACACUCCAUGCAAGAACUGCAGGAACUGGUAAAAAAACUUCAUGCCAAGGUAGAGGAAGUGGAUGAGGAAAGAUAUGACACAGAGAUGAAAUUACAAAAAACUACCAAGGAGCUUGAAGAUUUGGGCCAGAAACUGUUUGACCUGAGGGGUAAGUUCAAGAGGCCACCCUUGAAGAGAGUCCGCAUGUCAGCUGACGCUAUGCUGCGUGCUCUUCUGGGCUCCAAGCACAAAGUCUGCAUGGAUCUGAGAGCUAACCUGAAGCAAGUCAAGAAAGAAGACACUGAGAAGGAGAAGGAUUUGCGUGAUGUGGGUGACUGGAGGAAGAACAUUGAGGAGAAGUCUGGCAUGGAGGGCAGGAAGAAGAUGUUUGAAGGAGGCGAGUAAGAAACACGCAGCUGUUCGUCCAGUCUCCACAUCUGUCCAGUCCCGGUGCUCGUCUUCCACCUAUCCUGCCACCUAAUUUUCUGUCAACCCUUUACAGCGCUGUUUGUAGGCUGACUUUCCUCAGGCCCUGAUGGCAUCUCAUAGAACAAUCCACCCUACAGAACCUACCUACAGCCUAACCCUUACUAUCGCUAAGAAGGCAGCCAUCUGAUACCGCAAAAUGUCUUGAAAGCAUUUUGCAGCAAUGGUCGUGGCAUGAGUUUAAAGUAUUCAGUCAUCCUUAAGUCCCGUAAUUGUGUAGGUUCUGUUGUUGCAAAGAAACCUGAAUGAUGUAAAUAAAGCUUUGAAAGUAUG